UUCAAUUGUCGCUUUAAAUAAUCAAACUAAUAAUAAUAAAUCUAUCAUUACUCAUAAUAAGAAAUCAAUUUCUUAUAAUAAGCAAUCUGUCAUUAAAUGUCCACUUUGCUCUCAAGCACACUCAUUAUAUUCUUGUGAAUCUUUUAGGGCCUUAUCUAUAGAAAAUCGCAUUCAAAAGGCGAAAGAAUAUAAAGUGUGCCUAAAUUGCUUACGCUUAGGCCAUAACGCAAAAUAUUGCAAAUUAACUCAUUGCAAAUAUUGCAAAGUUAAACAUAAUACACUUUUACAUAUAGAAAUAAAUAGUACAAUCCCAUCUCAUCAUGUUCUGCCUUCUGCAUCGCCUUCUCUGUCAAAUGAUGUCGCUUUAUCAGCCGAUACUAUGCAGCUUGCUACUUCUGCGCAUUGUCUACUUUCCACAGCAUUGGUGAACGUGACCAACGCUACGGGCAACAAGUGCACGGCACGUCUACUGCUGGACAACGGUAGCACGGCGAACUUUGUUACGCAGAGCCUGUCGGAGAAACUGGGUUUGUCACAACGCGGUACGAGCACCAAGGCAAAAACAAAAUGGCUCCAUUCAUCAGACGAGGUGAAACUUGGAGCUCUCGUCCUGAUCAAGGACAAGACAGCACCUCCGCUACUGUGGUGCCUGGGUCGGGUCGUAAAGAUCUACCCUGGCGUGGACGGCGUCACAAGGGUGGCCGUGCCUUCAACUGCAUCUGCCCUCUUCCUGAGCAUUGAAGACAUCACUUCAACCCCGGGAGUCUGUUGGCGCGCACGCGACGACAGUGGACGGCUGCGGGGUCUGCGGGCGCCGCGGGGCAUCCGAGCCGGCAGCGAGCCCGAUCUGCCGCGACACCUCACUCGGCCAUUCCGUGCAUUGGGUACCGCACGCACUUCUCUUAACACUUGUAAUAUGUAUUCUAAAAUACAUAAUCAUACAGUCCACAACGUGAUAUCAUUUCACCACCCUAACCGGGCCUAA